UGGGGCAACAACUGGGCGCGAGGGGUCACUUACCGUAAGGACGACGCUGUGGCCGGUUUUUUCUCACAAAUCGGACAGUUAUAUGUCGUUCACCACAUUUGGAAAUACGAGAACCUAUUCUCACGGAAAGAGACCCGAGAGAGCGCGUGGAGGAAACCCGGUUGGGAUGAGUGCGUGGCCUAUACUGUGCCGUUGAUUAUGCAAAUGCGCUCGCGUUGGAUGAGCUCAAACGACUUCUCUCCCAUUCGUUAAGUUUUAGCAAAUGUUAGCAAAUAUUUAAUUAAAAAUGUUUACAAUAAUUAUGGAUUUGUUAUAAAAAUCAUGUGUAAAAUGAUUGCCUAUUUUAGGAGUAAAUUCAAUGGUUUAAUAGUGUAUUUUGAGACAAUAAUUCUCCCCUUAUAUUGUAAUUAUUAACAAAUAAAUUAUGAGAUAAAAUGAAAUUGCAAUAAAUUAGUCGUAAGUUUUCAUAAAUAAAAAA